GUGUGUGUGUGUGUGUGUGUGUGUCAGAGACUUUACACACAGGUGUUACAUAACAGGAUCUUGUGUUACACGGAUGGAGGCUGGAGAUGUGAACAGUGCAGAGAUCAGCACACUGCAGAGCAAAGACAGAGGAGAAGCAGCUCUGAAGAUACAGUUCGUGACCAGCAGAGAGGGGUUUUACGAGUUCCUGGCUGCGGGGUCGAGGACUGAGGAUGAGGCGGCGUCGGGUGGAGCUCCUGCGGACGGAGACGAGGAGGAACCGAGCGGGGAACCCGAGACGAAGAGACGCAGAGUGGACGCUGACGAUGAAGAGAGGGGGGAGAAGAAGAAGAAACGGAGAGGACAGAACAAGUCCAGACCUCACCUGAAACCUCAGAGCUAUGAGGACCGCAGACUCUGUCCCUCACUCCUGCAGGGGACUGAGAGGAAGUGCUUCUACGGGGACAAGUGUAAGUUUGUCCAUGACGUGGCCGACUACAUGUCCACUAAAGCACCGGAUCUGGGAGACACCUGCUACCUGUACGACACCUUCGGCAGAUGUCCGUAUGAAGUCACCUGCAGGUUCGCUAAGGCCCACACAGGCCCUGAUUACAGAACCCUGGUGAACGAGGAGCUCAGUAGAAGCUCUGGUGGAACAGAGACGGUGAGGAACAGUCUGGAUAAAGAGCUCCAGAGACGUCUCAGGAAGAGACAGGUGUCCUUUAAAGGCACGGAGGCCUUCCUCAAGAGCAUCGGCGCCGGGAACAAACACGACAGGAAGUCCGCCGGGUCGGAGAACACGCCCAGGGAGGCGGGACAGGAACAGGAAGUGAACCAGGCCGAGACCAAACAGGAGGAGCCUCCGUCUGAGCUCGACACUGAGGUGAGUCAGGUGAAGACGCCUCCUGUGAAGACCAUCGGGCCGUUAUUGGAUGAUGAUGUCAUCAAACUCCGCCCAUGUGAGAAGAAGCAGGUCGACUUCAAAGACAAGCUAUUCUUGGCUCCAUUAACAACAUGUGGGAACCUGCCGUUCCGGCGUGUGUGUAAGCGUCUGGGAGCUGAUAUAACGUGUGGAGAGAUGGCCAUGUGCACCAACCUGCUGCAGGGUCAGGCCUCAGAGUGGGCUCUGCUCAAGAGACACCACACUGAGGACAUCUUCGGAGUGCAGCUGGAGGGGUGUUUCCCCGACUCCAUGACCCGCUGUGCUGAGCUCCUCAACCACAACGUCCACGUCGACUUCGUGGACAUCAACUCUGGCUGUCCUAUAGACCUGGUGUAUAAAAAGGGUGGAGGAUGUGGCCUGAUGACCAGAACCAAAAAAUUUGAGCAGAUCAUCAGAGGAAUGAACUCGGUCCUGGACGUGCCUUUAACCGUGAAGAUCCGCACAGGAGUGCAGCAGAACUGCAACAUCGCACACAAGCUCAUCCCAGAGCUGAAGAAGUGGGGUGUGUCCAUGAUCACGUUACACGGUCGAUCCAGAGAACAGCGUUACACCAAACUGGCUGACUGGAGCUACAUCGACACGUGCUCACAGCUCGCCGCUCCUGUCCCCCUGUUCGGUAAUGGUGACAUUCUGACGUACGAGGACGCCAUGAGGGCCAGAGAGACGGGAGUGUCUGGGAUCAUGGUAGCGAGAGGUGCCCUGAUUAAGCCGUGGCUCUUCACUGAGAUUAAGGAGCGGAGACAUUGGGACAUUUCGUCCUCGGAGCGUCUCCAGAUCCUUCAGGACUUCACGCACUUCGGGUUGGAGCACUGGGGUUCGGACACACAGGGAGUGGAGAAGACACGCAACUUUCUGCUCGAGUGGCUCUCCUUCACCUGCAGGUACAUCCCGGUGGGACUGCUGGAGCGCGUGCAGAAGAUUAAUGAACGUCCUCCGUAUUAUCUGGGACGUGAUUAUCUGGAGACCCUGAUGGCGAGUCAGCACGUGGACGACUGGGUCAGGAUCAGUGAGAUGCUGCUUGGUCCCGUCCCGAAGAACUUCAGCUUCCUGCCCAAACACAAAGCCAACGCCUAUAAGUGACGUGGGAAUGGAGCACAACUC